AUUCGACGUUUACACCACGAAAAUAUGUAACCAAUUGGAGAAGUUAUUAAAAAAUUAAGAUAUUUUCAAUUAAAAUGCAUUAAAUAAAUAGAAUAUUACAAUAACAACAAAGUAUAAGUAAAAUGUGGCAAUUGUUACACAUCAUUAAUAUAUAAAGGCUUUAUUUGAUAUUUGAAAGCUCGUGUAUAUUUGUCAUAUCGAUCAAUUUGAAAAGUCUGGUUACAUUCACAUUUUCAGCUGUUUUUGUUAUUAUUCCCUCGAAUUUCUUUGUAGAAAAUUUAAUUUGGUUUUAUUUAGUGCAGAAAUUUUAGAAAUAAACAAUUUGUCAUGGAUGAUGCGGAGCUUACUAGGUUAGCGAUAGCUGAAAUUGUGCGUGAAAUGGGUGAGGUUAAAGAGCCUGCAAUACAAGAGCGCAAGAUAAAUCCAAUAGCAAAACCGAAUAAGCGAUUCCUCGGACGUACACUCAAUUCAGUGUUGUCCCACAACAAGCGUAAAAAUGACCGUACUCAAGAGAAUUGUAGAAAGAAGUUGCGAGAACUCGAUGAAAGACGAGAAAUAAUAAAAAGAAUGAGAUCAAGGAGUCGAUCUGGCAGUUGGGAACUUGUAUUGAGUAGCUCCUCAGAUGAAGACCAUUCCAAGGAUGUAAAGAAAAGCAGAAAGCAUGAAAGGAAAACUAAAUAUAAUAAACUCAAAAAAAGUAAAAGGAGGAAAAGUCGAAGUAAAAAAGAUGAGAGACGUUACUCUAGCAGCAGUAGUAGUAGCCGUGAUAGCAGUAGCGACAGCGACAGUAGCUCUUCUACAAGCCGUAGCAGUUACAGAAGAAAGAAAAGUAAAUUACGAAAAAGUUCCAAACCCAAAACGCGUAAGAUUGCGCAACCAGAUGAUAAUGCAAUGGAAGUUGGUACAGGUGAGAUCUACUAUGAACCUGAUAUAAAUGCUGCCAUUGAGUUUGAUGCUGCGCUAAUGGCCAAUAACUACCGGCAACAUCAAUUACAACAAAUAUUAUAUUAUAACACGUUAAUGGCUGGUCAUGAAACCUCCGAAAUCGAAGCUUUGAAAGAGGAACUGCGUAUAAGUGACGCCGAAGUUAGUGAAACUCAAAAGGAAAAGGCGUCCAUUUCUAGCGCUGCAUCAUCAUUAAACUUGAAUGAAAGUGAUUCCGACGGUAGUGAAGUGUUGCAGAUAAGCCUCUCCUCCGCCACAUCCAGUGGUAGUGAAGCUAAGAGUAACGCAAGUAUACGAAAGAAGAAAGUGAAAAGAAAACUUCCCAAGGCGGAUUUGCCUAAUGACAGCUCUGACGGGUCAAGUUCUGACGCAGUCAUUUUGGAAUUAGAUUCGGAUAGUUCACAUGGUGAUAAAAUACUUGAAAUAAUUGCUGUGACAGAAAAGCAAACGGAAAACGACGAAUGUAUUUGUAUAACAUCUGAAUCCGAAACUACUACAGAUGACGACAGUGAGUCGGAGAGUUCAACUAGUGAAAAAGAUAUCGAAAGUACAAAUAAUACAAAUGAACCUAACUCGCUUUGUCACGCUGUGGCCGAAACUGUUACACUACUCAGUUCAUCUGAUAGUGAGGUGGAGAUUAUAACUUUGAAUGGGGCUGAUGCGUCGGUGCAAAAUCUACCAGAUCGAGUUUUAACAGAUUCAACGUCUGCUUGUGAGAAACAAUCGGAUUUAGUGUUAUGUGUGCCUGCGCCGAACGCAAAUGCAAUAUUAGGAGAAUGUCUAACUCUGAAUUCCACUGAUGAAUCGGCGCAAAAACUUCCAGACGUAGUGAAGACAGCAGGUCAGCCCACAGAUAUAACAUUCUCAUGUGAGAAACAAUCUGAUUUAGGUUUGUGUGUGUCUGAGACAAAUGCAAUUUCAAUAUCAGAGGAAAGUCUAACUCUGAAUGUUGCUGAUGAGUCGGCACAAAAACUACCAGACACAGAUAUGACAUCGGAUUUAGUUAUAUGUGCUGAGACGAAUGCAAUUUUAAUGCCAAACGAAAGUCUAACAACAGUUGCAGAUGAUUCGGUAGUUAGAGUGCCUGAAAAGAAUACAAACUUAUCAGUUGAGGUCAACUCAUUAAUAACACCUACGGAGUGUUCAUUACCGUCAAUAAAAGUUGAUGCAACGGAAAUGCCAAUUUGUGAAGUGCAAGCGCAGCAAGCUUUAAUAAAUGAAACACAACCCCUGGAAGUCAGUGAAACUAUCUCUAAUGGAAUCUGUGAAUCAAAUUCAAGUGACGUCCAAACUGCCGGUACAAACAGUAAGACAAUAGCGAAUACUGAUCGGGAAAAUAUUAAAUCGGAAGUUGAAAUGAGCAGCAACGUUGUCAAUGUGCCGAUAAAGGAGUCAGCAGUCGGCAAUCCACAUAUUUUACCACCGUCAUCACUAACUGAUCUGUCAGUGAGUUCUUCACUUGAAGCAAUAUCGGUACCACCCAUUGUAUAG